GUGUUCACCACCACAGUUUUGCAAGAAAUCAAUUUGUAAACACUUUUUAUAUGAAGUAAAAAGGAAAUUGCACUGCCUUUGUUUUCUAGAAGCACUUUGGUUAACAAAGAACUUGACAGCAUGUUGGCCCACAUGUUUAAAGAUAAAGGUGCUUGGGGGAACAAGCAGGAUCAUAGAGGAGCAUUCCUAACUGACUGCAGUCCUGAGUAUUUUGAGCCCAUUUUGAGCUAUUUAUGUCACGGACAGCUCAUUGUAAAUGAUGGCAUUAAUUUGCUAGGUAUCCUGCAGGAAGCCAGGUUUUUUGGUAUUGAUUUUCUAAUGGAACACCUGGAAAUAGCCCUGAAGAAUUCCCAGCCAGCUGAGGAUCACUCUCCCACCUCUCAGAAGGAGUUUGUCUGGUUCCUGCUGGCAACACCCCCCAAGUCUGAGCUGCGCUGUCAGGGUCUCAGUUUCAGUGGAGCGGAUCUUUCCCAUCUGGAUCUUUGCUGCAUCAACUUCAAGGUGGCCAAUCUGAGCCGCUGCAACCUGGCCCGUGCCAACCUGUGCUGUGCCAGCCUGGAGAGGGCUGACCUGUCAGGCUCUGUGCUGGAUGGAGGAUGUGCCAACCUGCCAGGGGUGAAGAUGCUGCGCUCCAACGCAGAGGGAGUGUCCCUGAAAGGCUGCAACUCUGAGGACCCCUCAGGCCUUCAAGCUAAUCUGGAAGGUGCCAACCUGAAAGGAGUGGCCAUGGAGGGCAGUCAGAUGACAGGAAUUAACCUCCAAGUUGCAACGCUGAGAAAUGCCAAACUAAAGAACUGUAACCUCAGGGGAACAACGUUGGCAGGAACUGAUUUGGAAAAUUGUGACCUAUCAGGUUGUGACCUCCAGGAAGUCAAUUUGAGGGGCUCUGAUGUGAAAGGAGCCAUCUUUGAAGAGAUACUGACCCUGCACGUGUCCCAGAGUGUCAGAUAGGGAAGAGAACACGUCGAAGAGGAAGGAAUCCAAACAUGUGUUGUGACUUUCUUCACCUCCUCCCCUUCCUGAGUUAGAAGGAAUGGUUAUUAGACAACUUCCAUUUGCAGUAGUGCCCAAGUAGACUCUUUCUGAUCACUU